CAGUGAAGGGAGUGGAAAGAGAAGGGAGAAAAACCAAGAGAGGGGGACUGAAGCCACUCUUUCCUGUGAGGCAUAGUUCUGAGCGUCCCAGAAUGCACUACGGAGAAGGGAUGACGGCAGGGCGGAGGGGCUCGUUUGGGACCGUCCUUCGUGUUUGGCGGGAAGGAGGCGCCGGGGUGAGGGCUGACCUUUGAACCAUUAUAAAAGAUUAUGAAUGUAUCUGAGACCUGGCUUUUCAGUGGUUCCUCACUAGUAUCUCAGGUUCAUGCUGCUGCUGUUAAUGGACACAAGAGUGCUCUUCUAAAGCAGAUAGCAGGUGACCCUGAUCUAAAAGACAAAGAAGACCAGUUUGGGAGAACUCCGCUCAUGUACUGUGUCUUGGCAGACAGACUAGAAUGUGCUGAAGCUUUGUUGAAGACGGGGGUAGACCUUAAUAAAGCUGACCAUACCAAGAGGACAGCUCUCCAUCUUGCUGCCCAAAAGGGAAACUACCGCUUUAUGAAACUUUUACUUGCUCGUAGAGCAAACUGGAUGAAGAAGGAUUUGGAAGGAAUUACUCCUUUACAUUUAACUACCCGCCAUAAGAGUCCAAAAUGCUUAGCUUUGUUGCUAAAAUACAUGGCACCAGGAGAAGUAGACACACAGGACAAGAACAAGCAAACUGCUCUUCACUGGAGUGCAUAUUACAAUAAUCCAGAGCAUGUGAAACUUCUAAUUAAACAUGAUUCUAAUAUUGGAAUCCCAGAUAUUGAAGGGAAAAUUCCACUUCAUUGGGCAGCUAACCACAAGGAUUCCAGUGCAGUUCAUACUGUCAAGUGUAUUUUGGAUGCCGCUCCAACUGAAUCUCUGCUAAACUGGCAAGAUUACGAAGGACGAACUCCCCUUCACUUUGCAGUUGCUGAUGGGAACGUGGCUGUUGUUGAUCUGUUGACUUCCUAUCAAGGCUGUAACGUUACCUCUUACGAUAAUUUAUUUCGAACGCCUCUUCACUGGGCAGCUUUGCUAGGCCAUGCGCUGAUAGUUGACCUUCUUUUAGAAAGAAAUAAGAUUGGGACCAUCCCAUCUGACAGUCAAGGAGCAACACCUUUACACUAUGCAGCCCAAAGCAAUUUUGCUGAAACAGUUGAAGCAUUUUUUAAACAUCCUUCUAUGAAAGAUGACUCAGACCUUGAGGGAAGAACAUCUUUUAUGUGGGCUGCUGGGAAGGGCAGUGACGAUGUCAUCCAAAGAAUGCUGGAUUUGAAAUUGGACAUUGAUAUUAACAUGACAGACAAAUAUGGUGGCACAGCAUUACAUGCUGCUGCCCUUUCUGGCCAUGUCAGCACUGUGCAAUUGCUGCUAAAACAUGCAGCCCAGAUAGAUGCUACUGACGUAAUGAAACACACUCCACUUUUCCGUGCCUGUGAGAUGGGACAUAAAGAAGUGAUACAGGCGCUCAUUAAAGGAGGAGCAAGAGUGGAUUUGGUUGACCAAGAUGGCCAUUCUCCAUUACACUGGGCAGCUCUAGGAGGAAACCCUGAUGUUUGCCAAAUUUUGAUAGAAAAUAAAAUUAAUCCCAAUGUGCAGGAUUAUGCUGGUAGAACUCCACUGCAGUGUGCUGCUUAUGGAGGCUACAUUAAUUGCAUGAUGGUGCUAUUGGAUAAUAAUGCGGAUCCAAAUAUUCAAGAUAAACAGGGAAGGACAGCACUGCAUUGGUUAUGUAACAAUGGCUAUCUUGAUGCCAUCAAGUUGCUGCUGGGGUUUGGCGCCUUUCCUAAUCAUAUGGAGAACAAUGAAGAAAGAUACACUCCACUUGAUUAUGCCCUGCUGGGAGGUCAUCAUGAAGUAAUCCAGUUCAUGUUGGAACAUAAUGCAUUGUCCAUAGCUGCCAUUCAGGACAUUGCAGCUGUCAAAAUACAAGCAGUCUAUAAAGGAUACAAAGUUAGAAAAACAUUCCAAAAUCGUAAAAAUCUUCUCAUGAAGCAUGAACAGCUGAGGAAAGAUGCUGCUGCGAAGAAACGGGAGGAAGAAAAUAGAAGGAAAGCCUCUGAGAUGCAGAAAGAAACACAGAAUUCCACAACUGGCAAUAACCAAGUACAGCAGGAGGAUCUUUCACAGACCCAGAAGGGUUACAAUUCACAGAACCCUAUUCAGUAUGGCAACAUAUUGCAAAACCAACCAGGAAAAAGUGAAAGAAGCUCAGCCACAAAUAAAGUAACCAUCAAGAAUAAAUGUCACCCCGCCAAGCUGCCUGGUGAAGAUCACAAAAGACAAAUGGAGGUAUCCAAAACAUGCAACAAAUACAAGUCUGCCUGUGUUUCUUCCCAUUGCAGUAAGGAAAAUAACAUGUCUACAUCUCAGUCAAAAACAAAACACCAAACUAAAUCUGCUUCAUUAUAUGGUGAUAAUAAAAAGCCCAUAGAGCAUCCAAAUGGCAGUGUUAUUUGUGCCCAGAAAAGGCACAGCUUCCUGAGAAAAGCCACCAACUCAGAGGAGAAAUCAGAAAAUCAAAGUCAGUCAAUAACCAGUUAUAUAAAUCAUUGUGAAGAAACAGCUUGUAUACAGAACAGUAACUGCACUAAUACAAACACAAAGAAUUCAAGAGAGUGUAAAGGGAUACCUAAUGGGAACGCACAACUUCUCAACCUAAAAAGCAGGGAGUUAAAUGAUGAGAGGUGUUCUCCCGCUGGUUCCAGCAGGCCUUGCAGUGCCAGAAGGAAAAGCGGAAACCUCAGAAGGAACGAUUUCAGUGCUGCUGUUACACACAACGUGAUAAAUAAGAAAGCUAAUCCUUUGGUGUCCAGUAAUGCAAGGACUUCCAGGCCUCUUUGUGGCAGAAUGGCUCUGGAUAUUGGCCAUGAAGGCAGUGCAAAACCAAACAGCAAUGCUGCAGUGACGCCCAGGACUUCAGAGUUGUGCUUUUUUCCGCACAAGGGCUCAAAUACAGAAAGUAUCCCAUUAGAAACCUGUAAGCAGGCAAUAGAGAAGGAGAGGGUGCGAAAAGAGCUCUUUCGGGAGAAAAAUCGUGCUGCAAACAUAAUCCAAAAGGCUUGGAGAAGAUACCGGUUAAGAAAACGUUUUUUUCAGUUUUUUACUAUUAAAAGACAGUGUAGAACAGAUGAAAACAAAUGGCGUCAAGAAACAGCUGCCUUUUGCAUUGAAGUAGUGUGGAACAAGUCGUUGAGGCCGGCCCAUUUAGAAACAACUCCUUCAGGCAGAAAUCUGAAGUCUGUAAAGAAGAGCAGCUCAGAUAUAAACUCCACAGAAAAGCCAUCUACCCUAAAGCAGAUAUAUGGGUGCUCUCAAAAGGGAAGAUUACAUUAUCCAAUACGACCUCCUUCUUCAAAAUACAAAGUUUGUGAACUACAGAUGUUAUCAGGAAGCAGAUUGCAGUACCUUUGCCUACUGGAAAACACAGGAAAAUUUAAACAGUUUUCAUACAACAUGAAAUCAACUAAAGCAGAACAAGCAAAGCACAUAAGGUGCAGGAAUGAAAGCAAAACUGGGCUAUAGCAGAACAUAUCAGUUAUGUAGCAAGAUAUUAAAGUUAUCUUUAAGCGUAUUUUAUCAGUAUGCCCGCAUGGGUGAUCUUAAAUAGCUCUCAUGUGCUACAACUCUCUUAAGAACUUGAAACAGUAUGAAGGUUAAACUGUUUAAUAUCGGGAUAGCUGGUUUAUUAUAAAAUAUUAGAAUGCUGUUAUCUUCAAUAUAAAUGAGAAGCCACAAAUCAUGUUUUUUGAUAUUUGUAUAUAAUUCAUUUGUGUAUGUUUGAAUACUUCAAUAAAUUUCUGUACGGAUGGGAA